CUUUUUAAACAUAAGGUUUUUACAUUCUGACUAAAAAUGUUCUGUUUCUGUUACAGAUCAAAACAAGAAAAACUACGUUUUCAUCAAUCAGGCGAUGUCGUGGAGUUCUGCUCAGCAGUACUGCAGGAAGAACUACAAGGACUUGGCGAUGAUCGAGAACCAGGAAGAAAACACGGAGGCUCAGAACGCAAAACCGUCCAGUGACGUAGUCUGGAUUGGUCUGUAUCGAGAGCCCUGGACCUGGUCUGAUGGAAGCAACAGCUCCUUCAGAAACUGGAAUGACUCUUAUUUAAAUAACUAUGCAGAUAAACAACACUGUGGAAUAGAAAACUCUGACCACAACUGGGAUGAUUUGAACUGUGGCAUGGAAAGAGUUUUCGUCUGCCAUCAAGUUUCAAAGAGGAAGACCACUUUGAGGAUGAAAUUCAUCUCUGAUGCUGACCUGACCGACCCAAAAGUCAACGCCCAGAUCCUGCAGCAGCUUCAAAUGAUGCUGAGCAGUGGUGGAAUGACAGACGUCAAACUGAAGUGGACGAUUCAACCCAGUAAUAAAACAUUGGUCUGAUUCACAUAUUUAAUCAUUUGUAUCAUAUUCAUGAAGACAUGAAGAAUCCCAUUUAUAAAUCAACUCUACAAUUUUUUCUUUGCUUGAUUUGUAUCAUGGUGCCUCUGUCAGAUACUCUCCCCCUCCCCUCUCUGCUCUGCUCCGGACGCAAACAGCUGGUUCCACUCACCUCAUCAAAUUCACCGCCUACUUAAUGAGAUCCAGGACCAACAUUCUAUGCCAGUUCGUUGUUCCUCCCAUGGUGCAUAGUCUGACCAGCUCAUGUUCUUGUGUCUUGCCAAGUUCUGCCACGCUAAUUAUUCCCCUUCAAUCCACUCACACGAAUUAUCACCACGGGUCGCUGUCCAUCAUCCUCGCUCCUCGUUCAAACUUCACAUCAAGAAUCCUGUCAUUCACUUACCUGCAGUGAAUUAAACCUUACUUACCGCACGUUUCUGAGUUUCCUUCCGGGUUCUGGCGCUUGGGUCUGCCUGAAGUCUCACGAGAUCAUGACCAUUUGAGCUGGACCUAAAACCAUAUUUGGGGGCUCCUCCGGGGAAAUGGGUUUUCAAAUGACACCAAAACAUUUUUCUAAACUGAAUAAAGUUUCUCAUCUGAA